GGACGCACGGAGGGCGCGGAAGGGGCCCGGCGGCCCCGCAGCCCCGCAGCGCAGGUGGAAACAAUGGAGGAUGAAUUUGAGGCUUUGUCCACACCCUCAUUUCUUACUGAGAGCUUGGAUAUGGCAAUGGAAGUGGAGAAUGAGAAGCCACCUUGUUUUUCUUGUGCUUUUGACAACCAAAAUGGAGGGAGAAGCUUCUCUGCGGAGUCUUAUUUAGCAAAUGGGUCUCUUAAGAGGGUUUUGCUGAGACUAGAUCCUUCUCCAAAUGACUAUGAAGAAGAUGUAGUGGAAAUGUUUGGCUUUCAGUGGGUUACUGAAAUGGCGUUAGUUGAAUCCUGUGGAUUUCUCUUUGGAUUACUUAGGCAACAGAUAUGCAGACUGGAAAACCUAGUACAAAUGAGUUCCUCUGAUUUUGGUCAAGCUGUGAACUUGCACUCUGAAGCAGAGAGCAUCAGGCAUCAGUGUAUUAAGUUUUUGCAUUAUGUGAAAGUUUUCAUCUUCAGGUAUCUGGAACCCCCUAAAGUGGAAAAUGAUGGAAUGCUGCAUCCGUAUGAAGAGCUAGAAGCGCAGUUACCGUCAGUAUUGGUGGAAGAGCUUCAUGCUUUGACUAUGCACAUUGGUCACCUUUGUGAACUCCCUAGUAGUGUCCUGGCAGCAUUUACUAUUCAACAUCAGGCAAAGGUCUUUCCCCCAUCAUGGCAUUUACUACAUCUCCACUUGGAUAUUAAUUGGCUAAUACUGGAAGUUCUUCAUGUACUAGAUGAAAAAAUGAUGAGACAAGUCGUAUAUGCUAACCAGUUCAUAAAUCUGACCGGAGAGAAUUUAACCAGUGUCAGUUUAUUUGAAAAACACUGUGGAAAUCUCAUAUCUGAUUUAAUAAGUUUGUCCAUCAACAAGUAUACAAAGCUACAGUGUUUCUGGAGCUUGGUGAACAAAACUCUAAAGAAUAUCUUUGAAAGGCCAAGUAGUUCAGAAGGGAUGUCCGGUUUUGAAGCAAUUCAAUGUAAAGACCCAUUGAGUUUUAGCUGGUGGAUUGUUAGUCAUCUGGCAUCACUCUACCAGUUUGACCGUAAUGGAAAUCUAGAUGAAAAGAAACAGAAGGAAUCCAAUUGGAAAUUUGUGGAAGAACUCCUUAAAAAAUCCACUGAUGCUCAAACUGGUGUGUUAGAGGAACACUUAAGAAUGCAUCUUCAGUGCUGUUUGACUUUGUGUAGUUUCUGGGAUUUGAACCUGUCUAUUGUCACCAUACUCUGGGAUUAUUACAGCAAGAAUCUGAACAGUGGCUUUACUGUUCCUUGGCUUGGUCUGAAGGAUCUGGCAAAUGUUAGUAAGACUUCUUUGUCAAUGCUUGAGUUGGUGAAAUGUUGCUGCUGCGAACAGCAGAUCCCUUCUCUGUACAAGUCCCGCAACAGUUACUUCAUUUUUCUCUGCAUUUUGGCACGGAUGAUUAAAGAAGAAAACAGUGGCAUGCAUCCUUGGAAACAAAUUAAAGGACGAAUUUAUUCCAAGUUCCAUCGGAGAAGAAUGCAGGAGCUGACAGAAGUGGGGCUGCAGAACUUUUUUAACUUAUUCCUCAUGCUAGCAAUUGUUGUGGAGACAGAAGAUAUAGUGAGUCGAGUGUUGGAUCUUUUGGAUUUCCUGGCUCCAUCCUCCAUCACCAUGUCUCAGAGAGCUCUCAUCUGGAGAGGUCAUUUUGCUUUCCUUUUGAUUUAUGUUGAGAAGAACAUGGACGUUAGCGUCCUAGCUGAGAAAAUCUCAAGUGCUUUCCGUGAGAAGGCAAAGGAGUUUUUAGUAAACAAAAAUGACUACACGCAGAGACACAAUCUCUGGACUCUACUUUCGACCUACGUUGAUGGUGUCCAGGAAGUGUUUGAGACUAGCUGCUACUUGAGCCUUUCUGAGGAAAAGUUGCUAAAUGAUGGCUUUACAAUGCUGCUGCCUGCUUGUCGAGGAGCUGAGCUGAGUAUGGUCCUGAAUUUUCUUCAGGUUGUACUAGCCAGACUUCGGAGUGUGCACGAACGUGUAAGCCAGGGACUUCAACUGGGGAACACAGCCCCAGACGCACAGCUUCCAUUAGUGGCUAAAGAGCACCACCUUGCUGUCGCCAGUGCUCUCUGGAGAAAUUUCUUUCCGUACUUGAAGAGCCAGAGAAUGUCACAGAUGCCGCCUUCCCCUCAGCUUGCUGAUACAGCUGCAGGUUUUACUCUCUUAGCUUUGGAUAUACCCAGCAAAGCCCUAUCAGAUCUCCAGCCACAGCCUGUUCUAUCAAUGAUGCAGCUGUUUGGAUGGGAUGACAUGGUGUGGCCUCAGCUGGUGUCAAGAUAUCUAAGUCAUCUAAUUCAAAACAGUUCACUGUGUGAAGCUUUUUCUAGUAUGGGAUAUACAUCCUAUGAAGCUCUGACAGUACGUUCUUGGUUUCGAUGCAUUUUGCAAAUGUUCAUAGAUCAACCAAGUGGUGUUCUGGCCAAGACAGAUGCUGAGCGAACAGUUGGGAAAGCCUAUAUGGAGCAGCUGACUGAAAUGACAAGACUGAUUUUUAAACUCUCAGAAGUAGAAAACAUUCUUUCAAAGGCUCGUGUUGAAGAAUCAGUUUUCAAACAAGACCCAAAAUAUGCUCUUGUCCAGUUCAUUAAGGCUGUUGGUAGAACUUACAGUGGCCUUCAGACACUCCCUGAGAAAUCUGCCAUGGUAGCAAAGACUCUAGAGUAUUUAGGUGAUAUAUUAAAGUAUGUAAAACCUUACCUGAAGGCAAAAGGACCUCCAGAAGGUCUGCAGCUUACAUAUUGGAUCAUAGGAUGUCUGGUAAAGUUCUGGGCACCAAUACUGGCUACUUCCAAGGCACAGCAACUCUUGUUUCGCAUUGUGGAUUGCUUAUUGCUGCCGCACUCUGUGCUUCAGCAGGACAAAGAACUGCCUGUGGCUUUGCUGUCUGCCAUUCAGGAAAGCCUGCCUCUUUAUCUUCAGGGCCUGUCCUUCAUAUGCUGUCAGUCUCAAACACAGGGUGCCUAUUUAAAUCAACUCCUUGGGAGCAUUAUUCGACACUAUUUUGGACGAUUUCUCCCUUCUUCUCCGACUGUGCCUGGUACUGGACAGCAUCCUAUGCUGACUGCUUUAUGCAGUUCCAUUACAGCCCCACAGAUGCUCCGUCUACGGAAGACCACUUUGCAUGUCAUAAGUGAAAACUACAUGCAGUUCAAAGGCAAUGCUCCACCUCCUCGCUUGGCCUCCGUUCUUGCUUUCAUUCUUGAAGUACUUCAGAGAACCCAGAGCACUGAACUAUGUGACAUUGAAUUAGUUCUCCCAUCUGUGUUGAAAUGCAUGGUAUUGGUUAAUGAGCUACAAGUUAAAAAAAUAUCUACAGACAUUGUACAGAACGUGGUAGAAGGCUGCCAAGCAGGGUCAGGAGGAGAACAUGCCACCCAGCUGACUUCUGUAUUUAGGCAGUUUAUCCAGGAUUAUACCGCUGUCUAUGAUCACCGGGUUUUCAGCAUACUAGAAACAGUGGCAGUCUUGGAUCAGAUGUUAGUUACCAGCCUGAUUCCCACAAUCACACAGUCUCUGAAGGAUUUGGAGUACAAACAAGGUCUUGGAAGAAAUGCUGCACAGAGAGAAGCCUAUAAAAGACUCUUAUCUUACCUCGCAGAGGCUGGACAAAAUGAGAUACAAAAACUGGAAAAUGAGGCAGAUGAGUAGUGUGCUGGUGAUUAAUUCUUUCCUCUUGGAUGUUGUGACACUGUCAAUACCUGAAACUAUACUCUACGACACAGUAGACAAGUUCUUUAUCUUACAAUGGAAAUACAUUUAUCAAUUUUGUGGUUGUUUUUUUUCCCCAAUUUAUGUAUUAAUUUUAAAAAUUUCUGUGGUAUUUAAUAUUGUCAUGCAUCUGAAGAUUAACUCAAUAUACUGAUGGAUGGUGACUGAAAGAUACAGCUAAUUUAUUACAUAUUUAAAUGUCUGUAUGAACAGAGCCUCUAUUGCAACAUACAAGACAGGAUUUCAAAAAAUUAAUUUCACAACUCAGUUCACAUUGAGACCUGUCCCUCUUAACAGUGUACUUUCAAAAAUCUUAUUCAGUCUGUCCAUAAGAAAAUUCUUAACUUUGUACUUCCUAAUUUAUUAUUUUAGCAGAAUAAGAAAAACCUGUGCUCUCUAGUACUGAACUUGUUGAAUGCAGUGUAUUCACUGGGAGUUCUGCCAGUAUGAUGAUGUUGAUGUUGUGCCAGUAUAGUGUUGUUAAGAGAGAGCUUGUGUUUAUGUUGCACAGAAUGUAUAUAGUUGUCUUAACCUUCCACUUGUAUUAAAACAUUUAAGUCUUUCAGAUUCCAGUGUAUAAUCUCUCUGUUGUCUUUGUGGGUAAUAUAAGAAAAGGUAGGUUCAGAUUUCCCAUUCUUUCCCUUUUCAAUACUAUGUUCUUAAAAUUAAUCCAUAAUUUCCAGGGAUCCUAUGAUCUUUUCAUUAGCCAUGAUACUGUUAAUUAUCCACUUAACUUAGACUAAGUGUGAGGGAAAAAGAAGAGAGGAUAAACUUCUAAUGGAAAUUAUCAUCAUUUGAUCAUAGGCUAGCCAUUAUUCCUGUUUGCCUGAAAAGUUGGAUUUUCAACUAUUUUGCUGUGUUAUUGAUCUUUCCGGGAUGGAUCUAGCUCUGUAACUUUUUCUACAUUUUUCUUCUCUAAAGUUCUCAGGGAACUUUUAUUAAUGGCUGUG